CUCCCCUACCUGGCGUCCGGUUUCCUAGCAACGAGGCGGUUCUCUGGGAACCGCUCCUUCUUCCUCCCAGCUGUCCACAACUCCCGUUUACUACCAGGGGAGCUUUUUUCUCCUCUAUCAAGCUGGUUUUAAGCCAUCCCUGAAGGCCGUCACAAUCCUUGUCGUCCGCCUCAGACCAGCAGCUGUUUAUCUUAGAUGAUGUCUGCAGAUGAGCUAGCCCAGAGCCCAGGGGAGGGUGUCUGCAUCACAGAAGCCCUUAUCAUUAAGCGCAACCUGAGUUUCCGUGAAGAUGAGGAUCUGUCCGAGAAGAUGUUCCACACCCUGGCUGACCUGCACACUGUGCGGCUGGACCGGGAGGGGAUCACCAUGAUCAGGAACCUAGAGGGCCUCCAGAACAUUCACAGCCUCUACCUGCAAGAGAACAAAAUCCAGCGGAUCCAGAACCUGGCUUGUAUCCCCUCCUUGCGCUUCCUGUCCUUGGCAGGAAACCACAUCAGGCAGGUGGAAAACCUCCUCACCCUCCCAUACCUCCAGUUUCUGGAUCUUUCUGAGAACCUGAUAGAUUCACUGAUGCUGGAUGAGCUUCCUCAGAGCCUGCUCAUCCUCAACCUCACUGGAAACAAAUGCACCACCCGGAAGGGCUACAGGGAGAUGGUGAUAGCGGCGCUGCCCCUACUUCUGGACCUGGACAAGCAGCCCGUGGCCGAGCGCUGGACCUCGGACGAAGAGGACCAGGCCUCGGAGGGCGAGGAUGAGCUCCCGGAGCUGAGUGGGCCCUUCUGCUCAGAGCGAGGCUUCUUUAGGGAGCUGUCCCAGGAGCUGAGUGGGCACCAGGCCCGCCGGCAGCAGGCAGCCCUGACGGAGCACCUUCUGCGGAUGGAGAUGCAGCCUGGUAUCACUGAGCUGUCUCCUGCCACCAUGGCUGGGGACAGCAGCCCUUCUGUCACUCCGGAGCAUGGAGGGGAGCCAAGACCUGCCCCCGUGCCCCAGGCUUCAUCUCCCACCACCAAACCAAAUGUGCAGGCUCUCAGUGUCCAGGCCAGGAAGGGAACCCAAGCCACCCUUACUCUGGGGACCUCUGUGGUCAGGGUCCCCAGCACGAACAAAACAACAACCAAGAGAGCCAAGAAUUGAAACUCGCUGGCUACCCACAGCCCUCACCUGUGCCCAGGGCCCUUCCUCAAUAAAAUGUCUCUAG